UUUCCUUUUCGUAUAAUUUUUCCAUAUUAGGUAGAUCUAGAUGGUGCAUGCCGCGUCUCGUGGGCACAAAGUACAAACGACACUUCUGCGCCGCAUGAUUUUCCUGCGAGGCAUCAUGUUGGUAUAAAUAAGCAUCGGCUCCACGACCUAGUACCUCUAGUUUUUGAAGGCUAAAUUCCUUCCGGUGCCACCAUUUAACACUUCGUAGCACGACCUCCGUAUUAUACUAUUGUACAAAAUCGAAAUCGAUUAAAAUUUCGUUUCGAAAUUCAAAUUUCAUCUUCUUUCAAGACCCUUCUUGCGCUUGUUACUCAUAGUCAUAGUCUUUCCGUCAGCUGCCUAGCGGCAAAAGCAGCUUUGUCAAGAUGGGUAUGGGUGGCAGGUCAGCGAUGAAGAAGAAGGAGAGUGGCAUUACCAGCGGUCCGACCAAAAGCCUUUCGGUGACGGAUCUGGACCAGAUCCGCGUUCGGGUGGAGGCAAACCGCCGAGAGAAGGAGGCGCUGGCGGAAGCGCUCAAGGCGGAGCGAGCCAAGGGCCCGAUUCGCCGCGUUCUCGUGACGCUCGGCCUGGAAAAGGGAUGCGUGGAAUGGAUUUCCCGCCCGCAAGCGGACAUCUUCUUUGCCUGCAUGAUUUUGGUGAAUGCAUAUCACAUGUAAUAAAAACGUCCCCACAUCACCAUAGUCAAGAUGGGAAGUCUGCAACACAAAUCCCCAAGUUUCGGGAGUUCUGCAUGACAAGUUUCCAUCUGCAGCGUAGUGCUGGCUAGCAAGGAAAGCCGCACGAGAAAGCCACUUUCUCAUCUUGUUUACAGCAUUACAAAUGCCAGCAAAACACGACUGGAAAUGCCUCUCAUGGAGAUGCGCAUUGCAAAUGUUCCUGUCAUUGCGUAUUUGCAUGACAAUUCUGGGUUUUGGGGGCGUUUUUACACAGGAUAAUGCACUGGUGUUAGCGAUCGAGACAGACAACCGGACCGAGGCGAACGAUAUCAAAUGCAAAAAUGUCUGGGUCUGGAAGAUUGCGAGAUUUGUCAUGCUGAUCUGGCAUGGCCCUUAAAUCUGUGUUGCGUGGUGACAAACAGCCUCUCUCGCCUGUCAUGCAAAAACGCAGUUUCUCAUGCGGGAUACGCAGCACAGAAGCACGAAGCAACUUGUCAUGCUUGGCGGCGCAUUACAGUGCAUUUGUUCCUAUUGACUGACUUGCAUCACAAGUUUCCAGACCCAGACACUUUUGCAUUUCAUAAACGAGGACGACAUCGGCUGGUUCAUUAUGAAAAUGAAAAAUCCCCCCUCCCCAUAUCGAAAGGGAGAUUUGUGUAGCAUGAUUUGUGACCACAAAUCAUGUUGUCAUGCUAGAAGGGAAGAGAUGCGGAUUGUAGUGCUGGCUGGCGUUGGAAAGCCUUGCGCCUUUAGCAUGACAGAAAGCAACUGGAAACGGAAAACAGCAUGACAAAUUGCCUGCAAACGAGGGAGCAGCUGCGUCUCUUGGCCUUCUAGCAAUACAAGUCGAUUUGUGUACUCAAAUACAGCAACACAAAUUUCGUUUUGGAUAUGGGGAGGGGGGAUUUUUCCUCACAAUAUUCAUUUCGGACUCCUUUUUCAACGUGAUAUUUCUUUUCGAGUUAUUCCUGCGCAUUUGCUACGCCCCCUGCGGGUGGUACCGAGACAUCUGGAACUGCUUCGACUUGCUCCUCGUCACGGUCGGGGUUUUGGACACCUGGGUCCUGAGGUUCGCGGCCGCCGACGAAGACAGCGACUUGCGGUCGGUUACGGUCUUGCGGAUCUUCCGAUUGCUCAGGCUUGUGGUAUGAUUUAUGUUUUUUUUUUCAUUAUGAGAAUAACUUCUUUUUGGUACUAUACUACUGGUCCCAUCGCGUAGAAGACAAGCUGUUCAGUUUAUUUUCUUUGCGAGCUCUCUCAUAAUUUUAAUUUCGAGUGGUAGCGCUAUAAAGAAUCUUAUGGUCAUCUCCUUAUCUGAUCUAUCACAGCGCGUCCUGCGGCUGGUUCGCUUGUUCCGUUUCCUGCGGGAGCUCGUCCUGUUAGCCAAGGGAAUUAUCGGCAGUUUCCGGGCGCUGCUUUGGACGGGCGUGUUGCUGGGCGUCGCCCUGUUCAUGUGCGGCAUGUUUCUCACGCGCUUGAUUGGGCAAGACUGUUGCGAGGAGGGGGACACCUUCCAAGACCACGAGGUCAAGAAGUACUUCGGCACUUUGCUCGGGUCGUUCUUCACCCUGUUCCAGAUCAUGACGCUGGAACAGUGGGGCUACAUUGCGCGGCUGGUGAUGAUAGCAAAUGCAAAAAUGUCUGGGUCUGGAAAAGUGUAGACUUGUCAUGCAGAUUUUCCAUGCCCCAUGAGGUCUGGAAUGCGGGGCGUAGCAUGACAGAGUCUGCGAGGUCUCUGUCAUGCCUAUCCUGCAUGAGAAACUCCCUUCCAACUUGGUCAAAAGUGUGCAGCUUUUGGCGCUCAUGCAACACAGAUUUUUGCAUGCUUCAGAUUUACCAUGACAAGUUGCAAUCUUCCAGACCCAGACACUUUUACACUUGAUAGAUGAACGACGCCCCAGCCCUGGGGUUGUUUUUCGUGUGCUUCAUUUUGCUGACCAACAUGGCGAUCUUCAACCUGGUAUGCAAUGCAAAAGCAUCGUACCUACUCGUAUAGAUGCAUAUACAAAUUUCCUCUGCAUGAGAAAUAAAAUUUGUAGUGCGGAUUUAGCUUGACAUGCAUGAUUGCAAUUACUACGAGUACGAUAUUUUUGCACAGCAUACCUGGUUACCGCAAUUAUCGUGGACAACGUGGUCGAGAUUUCCCGCGACAUGGAGGAGGAAGCCAUGAUCAAGAUCGAGGAGGAAAAAAUGCGGAACCUGGACAUGUAUGGAUUGCAAAUAUGUCUGGGUCUGGAAGAGUGGAACUUGUAAUGCUGUCUGCGGAUUCUAAAAAUGUCUGUGUUGCAUGAGCAGCAAGAGAAGUCAGCUCUUGGCACGCAGAAAGGGCAUUUCUCAUGCGUAAUUAGCAUCAAGAAGCUCUCAAAAAAUCUGUGAUGCUAGCACCAGCAUCACAGACCUCACGGGUCAUGCAAAAUGCGCAUGACAAGCCCCGAAUCUUCCAGACCCAGACAUAUUUGCACUCGAUAACAUGGUCCGGAAGCUGUACCACGACACGGAUAAGGACGGAAACGGUACCAUCAACCGGGAGGAGUUAGCCGACGCCCCGGCGGAGUACGUCGCUCAGGCGUUUGGGUCCACGGCGAAACAGGAGGAACUUUUCAACAUCCUGGACGUGGACAACCGCGGCGAAAUCGUGAUCGACGACUUGGUGCGCGCCGCCAUGCAGGUACGCGAGCCGGUGAACUCGACGCAAAUGCUCACCAUCGAAAAGGACGUCGCGCGGGCGCGGUUGGAAAUUGAAACUUUGAAACACGCCCUGAACGUCAACACCAAAGCGGCACAGGCGGCUCAGCACGAAAACUUCGAGAAGUACCUGCGCCGGGUGAUCUCCGACGAGGUCAGGAGAACCAUGGCCAGCGUGCUCGCCGACACGAAGGCGGCGGUGCAGUAUCUGUAGUCGUGGUUUGGUUUGGACAGGAGAGGACCUGGACCUGGACCGACCAUGGAUCUAUCUUCCCCGAAGAUGAUCCCCGCCUUUUUCAUAUCAGAGUCGCCUGUUUAUUUGCGCGAAAUUGAUUCGAAAUUGCAGUCUUUGCUUUUUUUGUAUCAUAUCAGCUGUUUUUUUUUUCUGUAAGUAGUUCAGCAGUUGAAUCCCCAUCCUGUUCUAAAUGUAAAUUUUCAUUUUCCCGAACAUCUUUUCGCUUCAGUGGAUGCGCUACCCAACACUAAUAUCGUGGUUUUCUUUUUGGUUACCCCAUUCCGGAGCACAGUGCUCCAAGGAUUCCGAGAUGAUAGAUCGAGCGAUGCUAAUACUCGCUUCUAUUUUUCGUGCCAAAGUAGAAUAAACAAAAAUAACAAUCGCCAGGCUCCUUCGCUGCAUCCGUCGUGGCU